AUGCCUAAGCGCGAAACGGUGCAUUGGCCGUUGCUGUGGCAGAAUCUUCGCCAAGGGUGGACGUCUAAGGGUGGUCGGGUGGUGCAGGUCGGGGACGCGGCACAUACCACAGUGCCUGCCUCUAUCAGCGGCGGAACACUGGCUAUCGAGGAUGUCGUGACACUGGCGGCCUGCUUGCAACUCGCGUGCUCUGGGGGCGCCCCAGGUGGUGCACCUCUAGGAGCCCGCAUCUACAAUAUACUCCGAUACCAGCGGGUUAGCUGUGUGCAGAAGAUGUCUUAUGUCAAUUCGGAGAACCUCGGUCCCGUAGACAUGGAUGAGGUUCUGAAGAAGGUUGCGGAUCUGUUAGAGGUGAUUGGGAUUCGUUAG